AUGCAGAUGCCGAUGGUGAGCCUUGUGACCCAGACGCGGCAGAAGAACCUCAGCCUUCUUCACCGUCUUGCUCCCGGCAAGGCUAUGGGCCUGUCUGCCGUUCAACUGACGUCUGGACAGAUCCUCACAGACCCAGCGCUGAUGGGCGAGGAAAUGUGGAAACAUUGGAGCCACAUGCUCGCCCCCGUGGCAUCGAUUCCGCUCUCCGUGCUAGGCCUCCGCAUCAUGCAGCACAUCGCGAUUUACCAGGACGUUUUCGAGGAGUCCUGGUGGAGGCUCUCUGGGCUCAAGCUGAACAUUCGCAAGGCAGUUUUCGCGUCGCUCUUCUGGUUCGACCGCGACGAGCUCCGCGCUUGGGUGUCGCAAGCAGCCCCGCUCUGGGGCGCCUUCCUUAUAGACGACACGGCAAAAUACCUUGGGAUGUGGCCCGGCGGGGUGGUCACGGUGGAGGCCCUGAAGGACUUGAUUUCGCUGCGCCCCCCCAGGGAUUUCUUGGACCUGCCGAGCGCUGCGGCGGCGGCUCGGGCGCGCGUGGCGCGCUUCGACAACUCGGCCUACGGCGGGCUGAAAGUCCGCCAGCGCGCAGAAACCCUUCGGAUGAUCUCGCUGCUGCCCUGCAACCGCGCCCGCGCGGCGGAGCGCGGGGCGCUCAUCCAGGAUUGCGUCGAAUUCCAGUUGGAGGCCGCCACGGAGGCUUCGUCGCGGGCGGAGGCCAAGCAGCGCGCCUCCCCCUCGCUCCUCGACCCGGCGUGCCCCGACGCCUUGAAGGAAAGUUGGCAGCACCUGCAGCCCAUUCAGGAUGAUACGUGUUUGUGGGACUUCGUAUCUUUAGCCUCCUCAGGUAAGUCGCGGCAGUGGGCCCUGCGAGCAGCUGGUGGCGCGCGUUCUCUGCUGUCCGACAUCGCGCUGGCGACCGACGCCCCUGGCGAGUGCAGUCUUGCACUCAACGGCCUGAGCCUGCACCUCUCCGUGCCCGAGCGGGCCCUGGACGCUGACGGCGAAGAAAGAUUGUUGAAGACACUGGGCGCGCAGCUGAUCACUAACCAGUCCCUGGAGCGCAGCGCCGGCGCGGCGCGGCCUGGCACGGAGCAGUCGUGGCCCGUCGAGUCGGAGCGCGGAGGCCUACUCGUGCGCCGUGCGAUCGCUGCCUGGUCGGAGUGCGCCCUGCGGCGUGAGAUGGUGCUGCUCGGCGGCGGAGGUCGGUCGGUCCGGAGGCUCCACCUCCGAGCGAUCGGCUUGUUGACGAAGCAGCGGUCGAUGAGGAAGAGCCUUCGGACUUGGCAAGCGAAGGCGAAGCGCCUGGAGAACGAGCUGCGGGAGACAAAGUGGGAUUUGUGCAGCAGUACUCAGGCGCAUUAUUCUUCUCUAGAGCCAUCGCAGUUUGCGGAUGUGCGCGACAUGUCGUGGGAGCUGCAUUGCGUGCGGUGCGACGCUACGAACUCCUCAAGCUAUCUUGGACAGAAGGUGCACGCCAUGGAGGUCUCGAGCAAGUUCGUCCGCCCCCGCCGAGCGCCCGCGAUUGCUGGCGAGGAGGAUCGCCCCGUGCCCGACCUCGACGGGCACACCGUAUUCGCUGACCUGUGCGUCAUUCCUGAGAAGUGCCUCGAAGCCGAUGUCAAGGCUAUGGUGUGCAGCCAGUUCCAGUCAAUCGGUUUGCCAAAUUGGACAAUGGACGACAUGCGCAGUACGCUUGCAUACCCUGCAGCAGCUACGGAGGCGUUCCUGCUGAGAGCUGGACAGUUCGAGCUCGAGUGGGCAACGCUGUUGAACGGUACUCCUGGGCCAUGGGAUUCGACGCUGUCCAUUGCCGGCCCUGAGCAGUAUGAGUGGGUCGGAUCGGCAGUCUUGGCGUGUACUGGUCUAUUGUGUGACUUCCGGCGUAGAGUCACGCAGCCUUGCAUGGACUUUCCGAUGAGGAGCAACGGCACGUGCCAGUUGCAGUUCCAAUUCAGCAUGCUGGUGACGACGGCGACCACGAAGGUGGUGGUGCAGGUUGGCAUCAUCAAGCCGGAGCCCGAGGACGCAGCCGCAGCCGCGGUGAUGAGGCUUACGUUCGUGGUGAAGAAUUGCAUUUCCAAGAUGUUGCAGCACAAAGGCAAAGAUGCAGAACGUGCACCACAUGAGAUCACGACCAUUCGCGCCAUAAAAGAAGUGCUGCUGGAACAUCCAGGUGCUCGCGCCGGACAUGCGUCCGACGACAUGUUCAAUGACAACCCCAUCGCGUGUCACGGCUGCGGGGUGGCAUGUGAUGGUUCGAAGGCUUGGACUACGUGCCCCAUGUGCAUGCUGAGCUGGCACGAUGCGUGCAGCGUGGCUUGUGCGACCGAUAUUUCCAGCGGCGAGUUGACGGCGAAGUCCGAUGCGAUGUCCGAGGUGCUGCUGGUGCAGAGCCUGACGCACAGCUGGCACCGCCAGCAUAGCCAGUUCGGGUUCCUGCUCGGGCUGGUGGGGACGCUGCGCGGGCUGGUCUACUACGUUACGCCGCGCGCUUGGCCCAUCGAGCCCGCGCUGGCAAUCACAUUGGAGCAGAAACCGCUAGACUGCACACCAUUUUUCAUGAUACGUAUAGCUGAUAUCGUCAGGAUUCGCAUCAGCAGCUCAUUCUCGGGGGUCGGGACUGACAAAGUUGCGCUGGACAUCAUCAGAGCGAACAUGGGGCGCCUCUUGGAGGACCACAACGCCACCACCGAGCAGCUCAUCGAGUUCGAGGACAUGUGGGCGUUGGACUACGACUCGCACUGCAUUGACGAGCUGUUGCUGGUGCACGAGGGCUCCCCCGAUCACUGUGUGUUUGGUAACAUCUUGCACUUCGUGCCCAGCGAGGCGGCCGCGGCAGGGGAGCUUCCCGCAGCCCAGAUGCGCGACCCCAUCGUGAACGCCAGGAUGAACAAGAGGGCCUGGUGCUACAGACACGGUCGGCUUUGCGACGUGUGCGAGGCGGAUGUCCACACCGGCGGCGCACCGUGCCUGGAUCAUACGCCAUUCGGGCUGCUCAUGAGAAUGGACGGCGCCAACGCCAAAUAUUUUUUUGCGUGGGUGAUGAUGAGGAGGAACAUCCGCGAGAAGAUAUGGGUGCAGGAGAAUGUCAAGGGCUUCGGAGUCACGGAAUUGCAGAUUCUUCUCGGCGACUUGUACAUCGUGCGGGCCCUGGUGGCGAGCCAGAUCGGAUCAUUGUUUGUGGGCCCCGUCGGCACCGUGACGAGUGCGGACAAUGUGGGAUCGGGUCUGCUCGGGCGUUCGGGCGUUCGCUCGCUUGCGCCUGGCACGUGCCGCACUCAGAUCGAUGUGCACGUCCACGAUCUGAAGUCCUUCGGCUGGGCGGCGACCAGGACUCGGCAGUGCGCGAUUGGUGCGACUGAGUCGUUCGGCCAGGUCAUGUGGCAGAUGAGCUACAGCUCGAGCAUGAAGCGGAUCUUCAGCCGCCGCUUGGACCACACGUGGCGCGAGUACAUUAUCGCCACGGACGACGAGCUGGAGGAGGAGAAGCGCCGGGCAUCGAGCCGUCCUGGCGCGCGGGCCCGGUAUCAUCCCGAUGGGGGCGAAGUCGAUGCACACGUGGCGUCGUUCCACGACCACCGGGACAGCUUCCUCGGGAUGCUGACCAUCAAUGAGCGGACGCGCUUGCAUACCCUGUGGCACCGUUAUCCCCAGCAAGUCGUCGACCUCGGCCAGAAUCCCGACCACCGCGCCAUGCGCAGCUCUGACGGCGUACUCAACACGCUCAUCGCGGGCGCUGGCAUCAUGAUGAUUCCGCCACGUGCGCCUAUGAACUGCGUCCGCUGGAUGACCCCGCGGGAGCUGUGGCUGAGCGCGGGCUUCCCCGUCGACAGCGCCGCGUCCGCGCACGCCAGGGCCAGCACCGUCUUCAGCCUUGGCUUUCCGGCGCCCGCGUCACGGACCCGUGCCUCGCAGGUGAGGGCCGUGGGGAACGCGAUGCACGUCGGCAGCAUCGGCCCCGCGCUGCUCUACAUCAUCCUCAAGUUUCCCAUGCUGGGUAAGGUUGUCGUGGGGAGGGGGCCGCUUGUGCGGGCGAUGGCGCAGGAGAACGUCACUGUGAGAUUCUUCGCGGAAGGUGAUCCCGCGGGCCCCGGGGGCGAAGUCAAGCUUCUCAAGCGCCACCCCUUGAACGACAGAGACCAGCGGGACACGCGGGAGCGCUACACAUGCAUCAUCAAGAAGCACGGCCUCUACAAGGGCGCCAGGUCGGAAGUGGUGGUCGUGCCCGCGGGGUUUGGCGGCGAGCAUGAGGUGAUUGCAGGCGCGCACCUGGUGGAGGCGACGUACGAUGCAUGGAAAGAGACGAAGGGCAGAAACGCCCAGGUGAAUACUUCAAUACAGGGUGGCAUCCAAGUUGCCAUAUUGUUUCAGCGUACCCCGCAAGAUGCACUACAGUACUUUAAGGCCAUGGGCAACAUGCUCAACAACGUGGCCGCGGCGGCGUCGUUCUUGGAGGGGUACUCUCGUGUCGAUGGCGUCUCCAAGCAUUUCCUCAAGCAGCGCCAGGAUGAGCGCGAUGCCACCGCUGGUGGAGAUGGCGGCGGCGCUGAAGGUGAGGAGGAAGGAGACGACGAGCUUGAUGAUGAGGACGUCGCCGGCGGGAAGGGCAAGAAAUCUAAGGAGGAACAAUCAGAGUACACGAAGAGUUACCGUGCGUUCAUCUUGGCCAACUACAAGCAAUAUUACCAUACCUUCGAUGAUUUCAUAUCCGCGCGGAAGUUUUGGAAUCGCAUCAACAAGAAGACUGGAAAGGAAGGGAGACAGGUCAAAGACUAUAUUGAUCGGCACGGUGCCACCCCAUACAACGACUUCGCCGCUUACAUGAAUGAGCAUUGUGUAUUUUCAGACGUCUCCCUGAAGCUCGGCCCGUGUUACCUUCUAUUCGACAAAAUCUUGCAGAAUUUGAUGCAUCACGACCUCAUCGAGUACUUCGCCGGAGUAGUGAAGCUCGCCGUGCCCACGAAUGACGGGACACCCUGGAUCAUUAAGAGGCGUGAGGAUAUCCCCAAGGUGAAGCUCGUGCUGGAGGCGAUGGAGCAAUCCAAGCUUUUCACCGCGAGCCAGGCGCCAGCGGCGCCAGAGAAGAAGCCAACAUCGUCAACAGCGACGGCGACGGCGAAGGCAAAAGGGAAGGCCAAGAGUAAGGCCAAGAGCAAAGCCAAGGCUAAGCAGCUGGAGCCAGAGAGGUGCGAGGAGCUGACGUCGACCAUGAAGAGCGGCAGGAAGACUCUAUUCAUCGACGAUGCCGUCAACGCCAUCGCCUUCACGACAGAGCAGGUGCCAGAGAAGGACUUGAAGCCGGCACUGCACUCGCGAGUGCUGGUCUGGUGCUUGGAAUUUGGAAUAACUGGUACUGUUCUGUUUCCAGAUAUCAAGGUCUUCAGGGAGCCUACAUGGAUCAGCUUCAUCUUGCAUCCCGAUGGGGCGACGGAUCAUUGCGAAGAAGGCGACGGCUCUGCAAACAUUCCUGAGGUCAUAUCAGCAGCGAUCUUGGAAAGGGUUGGAUCAUCAAACUUCAAAGUGUUCGACUGCUGGAGGAAGCUUCGCCCACGCGUGAAAAAAUGUAUCGCAGCCUUCUACGAGGUGCAGCCACGCGCGGACGACCGCGACUUCAACCAGGUGGAUGACGACGAUGACCAGGAGGACGAACCCAAGGCCAAGAAGGCUAAGACAUCAGACGCCAAAUUUGCCAAGCAGUGCGAGGAGCAGGGCGUGUCCUGGGCCGAGCUGAAGCGCGUCCUUCACACGUUGUCCUCGGGCCCUGGCAUCCUGACCACCAUCGUAGGGCUUAUCAAAAACAACCCGCCUGUGAGGGAUGAGUGGAGCAGUGAACGCGCGCUCAGCCUGACGAAGCGCGUGCACAGGACUUACUCAGUUGAGAGCUCAGCGUUGUUCAGACACUUGUCCGAUGCCAACACGUUGAAGUCUGCGUGCAGUUCGGAUUCGGCAGAUGCAGGCGUUAAGCAUUUGAUUUCAGUGAUUUCAGGCAUCGUGUUCGAGGGUAUCCCACCUGCGGUCAUCAGCGUGCUGUGUGACUUCCUCCAGGGUACGAAUGGAGCAGGAGAAGAGCAAGUUUCUGUACUCAUUACCAUUUGCCCCAAGUUUCGGGACAUUGUGGCGAUGUUCCGGCAGCACACUAACAUCAAGCUUUGGCUCAAGACGCGCACUUUACAUGCCUUGGGACUGCUGGAGGACAGUAUUUCGGGCAUCACCGACAUGAUUGAAAUGAGCGGCCUAUCGGAGGAGAGUUUGACGCACAAGGACGCAGUCAUGGAGCGUCUCCAGAAGGCCAAGUGCUUCAUCGUGGACACGCUCGACAAUGCAGCUCUUGCGGAUCUCCAGUGUGACUCUCAGGACGACUGGGCGGACAGGUGGCACAAGCUGGUCAAGCAGGGCGCUAGGGUGGGCCCACUGAGGAUGAGGACGGAUCAGGAUUGGCAGCAAGUCGAGCGUGGGCUGACCAGCAAGCGCAACUCGGAGACACUCCGGGCGUUGAAGGAGAAGGUGGAAGCAGCGGGCCAGACGGAGCAAUGCGCACAUAUGAAGAAAAAGGAAGAGUUCGUGAAAUUUCUCGUCCUCGCGGAGGUUGAGAGCAAGAAGAAGGAGGAGAGCAGCAUGAAGCUCGACUGGGACAAUCGCGUUGAGGAGCUGUACAAGAAGAUCGUCGAUGAUUCCGCCGAGCCUUCGGAUGAAUCCCAGAACCAGAACCAGCAGACCGCCUCGCCGGCCGAGCCAACUGAGACCAGCCUGUACGCCCCCAUCGCAUGGACUCCGACGCACUACGUCGAGUCCAAGAUGUGGAAGUGCCUCACUGCGGCGCAUUGCCUCGAAGGCUGGUUGACAGAGAACUUCAUCGCGAGGACAAACCUGCGGCAUUUGCACGGCAGGCUCGACAAGAAGGGCGACUUCAAGAGGCAAGGGCUUUUUUUCAAGACCGUGCUGCUCGACAUUCCCGAGGCCGUCGCCGUCGGCGCCAGCGAGGGCGUGGCGCCCGAGAAGCCCGAGACGGAGCAGAAGGAGAAGGAGGAGCAGGAGAAGGAGCAGAAGGAUCAGAAGGAGCAGAAGGCGCAGGUGGCGAAGGAGCAGGAGAAACUCACGUUCGUGCUGCAGUUCACUGGGAAAGUUGUGCCGUGCAUGUCGAAGCCCCCGAUGACGUGGAAGAGGUUCUACAAGUGCGGGGAAGUUCUAGGAGUGUCCUUGUACCUUGUACCAGAGCAGAACUUCGUGGAGAUCGGGCACGAGGUGAGCUCAUAUGCGCGGUGCUGCCGCUCCGCGAACGUCCGCAUCGACUUCGAGAACGCGAAGCGGGAGACCUGGGCCAACAGUGCGACUACAGUGGUGCAUAAGGAGCUGAAGACGUCCCCUAAGGAUGACUACCGCGUGGAGUUCUGGGGUGAGCGCCGCUGGCUGGAGCCUGCGGCGCAUCCGCAGAUGCUGUACUUCGCGCGCGUUGGCGACUCGACCUUCGGAGAGGUCCGGCGCCCGCUGUUCCCAGAAGAGGUCGCGAACGUCGCUCGCAUCAAGGCGGUGGCGGAUGAGCGCAAGCGCAAGCGGGAUGAGGACAACGUCGAGGUGGACAGCGAGUUCCACACCACGGCGAAGGAGAUGAAGCAGGCCAAGUACCUCGUGGCGGUGUCCAGGUCGGGCCAGGUCCGCGCCGCGUGGUACGCGUUCGUGACGGACCGGCCGGCGCCGGGUGCCACUUCUGGGCCGUGGGUGGUGAAGCUGGUCACGGAGGACCUCGGCGCAGACAGGGAGGGCCGGACGCACACCACCUGUAGUUACACGGCCACCGCCACCCGGGAGACGGACAUGGAGAAGCUGAUCGCGGGGCACGUGCGCCUGAUCACGAGGGGCGUCGACGCGGACGACUGGGGCCCGUUCCUGCGUGCGUGA